AUGGCUCUUCACCUCCACACUCCUCCUCCUCCUCCUCCUCACUUUCUCCCCGACCGCCACCUCCUUCUCUCUCCCUCCCACCGCCAAGACAGCGACGCCCUCGCCGAGCUCUCCAUCAACGAGUUAACUCACCGCAUGGCUCGCUUCUUGCUUCCAGAUGACCUCACUCUCGAUUCCUCAUCCAUUCAUUCUCACCAUCUGGAUUCGCCACGAGACUCGAUGCAGGGGAGUGCAGAUGGUUCUUCGCGGGAACCAUCACCGCCUGCUACACCUCAAGAGAAUUCUUGGACGAGUUGCUACGACAUGUUUGGGAAACUUCAGAGCUUCAAUAUUGGACUUUAUUCUCACCAGUCUCUUGUUCAGGAACAGAUUCGAGCCGUUGAAUUGUCUGGGGUGAAGCAAGAGCAGGUGGUUCACUCUGCCAAACCGAAACCCGCACAGCGUCGGAAAAACCAAGGGCAGACCCACGAGCCCAAGAAAGGAAACGUACGGAGGGCCCGUCCGCCACGGUCCCGCCCACAGCAGCAAGGCGGUGCUGGCAUGCGGGCCCUGUUUCUUGAUGGACCUGGUUCUAGAGGUGGGACCGGGGUUUUCUUGCCACGUGGUGGAGCCUCUACCCCGUCCGAAUCAACUAAUAAGCAAGGUAAAGGUUGCUCUACAGUUCUUAUACCAGCCAGAGUUGUCCAGGCUUUGCAACUACACUUCGACCAAAUGGCUGCCACGUCUGGACCCAAAGCUGGUGCCUUCCAUCCUCUGCAUGAUGUGCUUGUAAGUAACAGGGAUGGCAUGUAUUCAAUUCAAAAUCGCCAGUCACAGGAAGCAGAGGCUAGUAUCCACACUGAUACGGUUCUGCCUCAAGAGUGGCCGUAUUGA